UCAACAGCAAACGUUGAAUGCGCCACAAAGGUGCAAUCCGAUAUCAUUGUGCCGUUACGUUAUUGGUUAGAAAGGCCAUGGAAAGGCAAUCUGAAGUAUAACGUAACAUGACUGCGGCGAAAGGUUCACAGUUCGCCCGGAAGUGCGCGCAAUGUCUGCCGCAUGCCCCUUCUGGCCGCAGGGACAUGUCCUGCACUGGGUGGAUGAUCCUCUAAUGACGACUUCGUGGGAUCUUUCGGGAAGCUGGAAUUCCUUUUGGAGACGACUGUCAAGAAACCGUCGUGUCGAAGAGCGACAUGACAGGCCAAAGCAGCUUCCAGCACCAUACACAUACGCAAGUAACCAGAUAUUCUUCGUGUAUGACUUGCAAAAGUGCACCAGCGAAGAAAGUGACCCGGAUGAUGGCAUCGUUUAUUUUUAUCCCCCGCAGACAGACACAGUCGACAGGUACCACCUUUGUCUGCAACUCGUUGGCAUGGCUCACUUCUUCGACGAAACCUUCAGCGUUCCUGAAGUUGUAACGACGAUAAGUGGGAAGUAUGCGUUGCGCAGGCUUGAGUCUUAUGUACUGGUUGUCGGUGGAGCAAGGGACCUGCAUACCUACAUACUGCAACAACAGAUAGACUGCCUUCUUAACAUGUUCAAGUUCUAUCACAGGGACAUCAUCACACUGAAGGAAGCAUGCCUCACAGAUCAACAUUUCCUGCGGGCACAAAAAGAAUUCUGGCAGUGCAGCUUACCACUAAGUCGUUGUUUUGAGGACAAGCUUUCGAGGAUGUUCCGUGCUGUGACUGUUCUAAAACUGCCAGAGUGUGCUUCCUCAAUAUAUGCCAAAGGAUAUAAACUUCUUGAAAAGUUCCAAGAGUAUGAUACUGUUUUGGCUGGAAGCAUUUUCUACAAAAACAAGGUUCUGUCAAGUCAACUGACUCCGGAGGUAACGCAACUGGUCCAACUAGCAGCGGUCACAAGCAGCAGGUUUGCCAUGCAAGAUGCCGAACUGUACAACAACCUUCCGCCCGGAACACAGCUGGUGUACGUGUAUUUACCUCGACACGCCCUUGCCAAGUUGGCAGAACUCAAUCCACAAUCUCAAUCAAGAGACUCUGGGCUGCAUAAGUACAAAGAUGAAAGAAAGUCCAGCAGCGAAUCCGUAGCUGGCUAUCUACUUAAGCCAAGUACAAGCAUGGAAACUCCUACUGAUUCUGGCCACAGAACAGAAGGAAAAAGUGGGUGCGAAAGUGCAUGUGCUUCACCAUUGCAGCCGUUGCCUCAAAGUAGCGAGUUUAAUGAAGAGAGCACAUCUCAGGAGACCACAGUCGUGGGAGCGCAAGGCACUGUUGACAGCGACUUCAUCUCGGACUUUGAUUCGGAGAAAGAUUUGAAAGUGAGGACUGAAAGGCCCGUUCUCUCACCACACAUCUCUGAACUCAGGCGCUUGGCCAACGAGUGUCUUCGGAUAACGGAAGAAAGGAUGCGGCAGCAACAGUUAAGGAGAAGGAUGCGUCAUAGAAGAAGAAAAGUGCCGAGGAAAGCGAUCUCGUUGCAGGUACCAUCGCACGUACAAGAUGCAGACACUAACCUUAACUUACGCCACAAAGUGCAGUCCUCAACAAAUAACAGAGCUGAGAACUGUUUCGAUACUAAUCCAUUCGCACUCAUUCUAGAGCAGCAAGAGGGCUUUCCUUCUUUGUAUCAUCAAGACUUCUCUGUGUGUUACGGUGGUCUCUGUGACAACGCUAACGGCUCAGAAACUGGUAACAGCGGCACCCCGUGGAAGAGUAACGUCUCCAAGCUAGGGUGCGUUCUUUCAAAACUAAGGGACUUUGGUUCGGCCGUGAUGAAUGUGCGGCCGCGUGUUGUGACUAACCCAACAACACUAACCGCGUCGUCGAGAAAACACUCCGGGUUCGUUGACGUUGCAGACGGCGAGUUAGACAUUAAAACGGCACACGAGGCUAUAACGAAUAGUUCCGACGAACUCCCACCUAUAGUUCCUUUCCAGCUCCUUGCGAUGACGGAUGAACCGGCUGCAUCAUCUUCAGCGCAAGACUUCAUGCCCAUGCACGAAACGAGCAUCAGUACAUUACACAGGCCCUCGAGCCGGACACUCCUGUCUGGGGAAGCUGGGAAUUCAAAGAGGUUACGGACAGGUCUUAAUCGCGCUUCAACAUUGCGGCACUCUGCUGGCAGUGAACUCGGUCAUGAUGUCUGUAGACUCCUUCUGUAUGUGCAGAAACACUGCCAAAUGGUCUGCGUGGCUCUGCUAGAGAAUGAUGACAAAGUCGAUCAAGCUCUCAUAACCACCUUGUGGUCCACAGCGCUCAAUCAACUUGGAGGCAUUGAAGCUGAAAUAAGAGGAUGCAAACUCAGUCAAAAAGAUUCGAGUCCUGCCGAAGAUAACGAUACUACAACACUGCUCUUCAACAAGCAACUUCGUAGCUUUGGAGAUGCUCCUUCGGCAGCCUGGUGCAGCAAACCAUCUCGCGCACGUGCCUUGGGUUCCUUGCACGGAGACGUUUCUACGAAUGCAAACUUGCAUGCUGUAUCUGUAAGGAGCUUUGGAGAAUGGAUAAGAAGCACACAAGCAGACGUGCAAGAGACGUACAGAGUCACGGAGGAGCGCAAGGCCCCACAGUUCUUAUCGCCGGGUCAACUGUGCAAACAUCAAAAUAUUUAUUUUACUUCCACGUAACUUAUUUCUCAUCUUCAUGUCUAUUCAUGUAACAUAGUUUUAGACUUGUAUUUUAUGGUUGCAUGUCUGUAUAGAAACACAUACUGUACCCUUUCUGAAUUUAUUGCGGGACAAAAAGCUUGUUUUACCAGAAGCAGCUUGCAUUUAAGCAUGCCGUAACGUGACGUAGUGAUUUUACCAGACGUCAGUUUUAACAUGUUUUUUAAUAGAUUAUUGCGAAGAGCUAUGACGCCCGGGCAGGAGAAUGAACUAGUACGGUCAAUAAAAUAGAUACAAAGGUG